UAAAUUAUCCGUUUUCUUAGUUUCUGUAAAAAUUAGUAUUGUUUAGUUCUAGAUCUACGUAGUACUUGACGAGCAGUGCAAAAUAUGGAUGGUUUCUUGAUGUGGAUUUCUAGUUGUAGUUAACAGUUAUUGGAAACGUAGAACUUAAGAUCUUCAGAGCAUUGGUGGCUAUGGCCAACCUAAACUUUCAACAACCUCCGAGAAGUAUAGCAAAUCAAGGUCUCUCAAGAACUGGAUUUGGAUCUAGUUCUUUAUCCGGCCAUGUCACCCCAACAUCAGGCAUGUUUCCUGGAAGCAGUUCAUUUACACCACAACAACUUUCCCCAAACCGAAAUCUGCCUCCCAUGGCGAACAGGAGUUUGUUUGGCCAAAGAGCUUUCCCAGAGAGAAGACCUGUACCUUCACUCAGUUCUGUUAUGCAAGACUGGAGCUCAAAUCCAAUGGGAAGUAUGGGCAGCUUUGGAAUUCCUCAGAGUAGGUCAUUUGGAUCUCAAGGCAGUGCCGUAACCAACUUCCAUUCUGUGUUUGGUGGUGGCGGGGGGGAUGCGAGCACACCACCAUUACUAGACCUGUCACUCUCUGAGUUUCCAUCAUUAACCAACAGAGGGCAAGGAGAUGCAAUGCCUCAGCCUAGUACAAUGCCUGGAAAACAGCCUUAUGGUGGGUAGAUAGUUUGUAACAGA